AUGCCUACUCUCGUCGGAAAGGAAGUCGGUACCACCGGCUAUGGCACCAUGAGAAUGACAUGGCAGGCUCAGCCGCCGGCGCAAGAAGUGUGUUUUGAGACAUUAAACAAGACUCUUGAGCUGGGCGCCAAUUUCUGGAAUGCUGGUGAGCUGUACGGUACCCCGGAGUAUCAUUCGAUGCACCUCUUGAACAAAUACUUCACGAAAUACCCUGAGAACGCCGAUAAGGUCGUUCUCAGCGUCAAGGGUGGUCUUAAGGUCGGCCAGCUUGUGCCGGAUGGCUCGGAAGAGAACAUUCGUCGCAGUGUAGACAACUGUGUCCGUCUACUGGACGGCAAGAAGAAGAUUGAUAUCUUCGAGUGUGCGCGCCAGGACCCCAACUUUCCCGUCGAGCACACGGUCGAGGUGCUUGCAAAGUUAGUGAAGGAGGGCAAGAUCGGAGGAAUUGGAUUGAGCGAGGUGGAUGCGGAGACGAUCCGACGAGCAGCCAAGGUGCACCCCAUCGCUGCCGUCGAGGUCGAGAUGUCACUAUGGUCCACGGACAUCCUUGAGAAUGAUAUCGCCAAGACCUGCGCCGAGCUCAACAUCCCCGUCAUUGCCUACUCGCCUCUGGGCCGAGGUGUUCUGACUGGUGCCGUCAACUCGCUGUCCGACCUGCCCGAGGGCGAUAUCCGACGGCACAUGUCCCGCUUCCAAGAGGACAAUUUCCAGCACAACCUUAAGUUGAUCAAGGAAGUCCAGAGCCUAGCAUCCCGCAAGGGAGUCGCCCCAGCUCAGAUUGCUCUGGCUUGGGUUCGCACUUUGAGUGGAAAGCCCGGGAUGCCCACCAUUAUUCCCAUUCCUGGAGGCACCACCGUCGAUAAGCUCGUUCAGAACAUGGGAGGUGUGCAGGUGCUCUCCGACGAGGAGAUGGCCGAGGUCGAUGCGAUCAUUAAGGAACACACGGUCGCCGGGCCUCGUUACUAG